UGAAGUGGUUGAAAUAAGGCAGACAUCCGAGAAAUGUGGCUGAAAUCUGUCAGCUGGAGACACCCUGUGACGCUCAGUUUAUGUAAAGGAACCUUCAGUCGAGCACCCAUCCCCAUGGCGGUGGUGAGGAGGGAGCUGUCGUGCGAAAGCUACCCCAUUGAGCUACGCUGCCCGGGCACCGACGUCAUCCUGAUCGAGAGCGCCAACUACGGCCGCACCGAUGACAAGAUCUGUGACGCAGACCCAGCACAGAUGGAGAACACGCGGUGUUACCUUCCAGAUGCGUACAAAAUCAUGUCGCAAAGAUGCAACAACAGGACCCAGUGUGCCGUUGUGGCCGGACCAGACGUAUUUCCUGACCCGUGCCCGGGAACCUACAAAUAUCUGGAAGUCCAGUAUGAAUGUGUGCCCUACAAAGUGGAACAAAAAGUAUUCCUGUGCCCAGGGCUUCUGCGCAGGGUGUACCAGAGCGAGCAUCUCUUUGAAUCAGACCACCAGUCCGGAGCCUGGUGCAAAGACCCUCUUCAAGCUUCUGAUAAGAUCUACUACAUGCCUUGGACACCCUACCGCACAGACACCUUGACCGAAUACUCAUCCAAAGAAGACUUUGUUGCUGGAAGGCCAACAACCACCUAUAAGCUCCCGCAUCGCGUUGACGGAACGGGCUUUGUGGUCUACGACGGGGCACUCUUCUUCAACAAGGAGCGCACGCGCAACAUCGUCAAAUUUGACCUGCGAACUCGCAUCAAGAGCGGCGAGGCCAUCAUCGCUAAUGCCAACUACCACGACACGUCGCCGUACCGCUGGGGAGGCAAAUCGGACAUCGAUCUGGCUGUGGAUGAAAAUGGCCUGUGGGUGAUUUAUGCAACUGAGCAGAACAACGGGCGGAUUGUGAUCAGCCAGCUCAAUCCCUACACUCUACGCGUUGAGGGGACCUGGGACACGGCUUACGACAAGCGCUCGGCGUCCAACGCCUUCAUGAUUUGCGGGAUCCUUUAUGUGGUGAAGUCAGUGUAUGAGGAUGAUGACAAUGAAGCAACGGGAAACAAGAUCGAUUACAUCUACAACACAGAACUCAGUAAAGAUGGGUUUCUGGACAUCCCGUUUCCCAACUCCUAUCAGUACAUUGCUGCUGUGGAUUAUAAUCCCAGGGACAAUCUGCUGUAUGUUUGGAACAAUUACCACGUGGUCAAGUACUCUCUUGAUUUUGGCGCAUUGGACAACAGACUAGAAACGUCCUCCUCGAUAAUGGUGUACAUGGAUACGACGACCACGACUAUGAGGACAACCACUAGACCUGCUGUUCCUAUGACAACCACAACAACAAGGACCACCACCACCAAGAUCCCUGCCACGACACCCGUGGUGGUUCAGUCACCGCGAACCACGUCGGCAGUGGUGGAACCGUACCAGACGGUCUUGGAAGGUUUGGAGCGAGAAGAAGUCAAUGGGGCGCCGGUCACCUCCAAGCUGCCGAAUAUCAGGGUGGAGUACUGCAAUCCACUGGUGAUGAUGGAUGUCUCCUGGCCGAAGAUAAAGCAGGGCAUGGUAGCCAAGAUGCCCUGUCCACCUGGAACAUUAGGUGUGGCUUCGUACAUGUGCAUGGGCCCCGAAGGAUACUGGGACCCCCAGGGGCCUGACUUUAGCAACUGUACCUCGCCUUGGGUCAACAUCAUCAGCCAAAAGAUAAAAGCUGGAGAGACAGCGGCGGUCAUUGCCCGAGAGCUGGCAGAGCAAACCAAGAGUAAUCUUCAGGCAGGGGACAUCACCUACACCGUGAAGGCCAUGGUUCAGCUGGUGGAUCUGCUCGACGUGCAGCUGAGGAACCUCACACCAGGUGGCAAAGAUAGCGCAGCACGGAGCCUCAAUAAGCUGCAGAAGAGAGAGCGCUCGUGUCGGUUUUAUGUUCAGGCCAUGGUGGAGACGGUCAACAAUUUGCUACAGCCGCAGGCCCAGGCAGCUUGGAGGGAGCUGAGCACAGGCGAGCAGCUGAGGGCGGCCACCAUGCUGCUGGACACGGUCGAGCAGGGGGCCUUCGUCCUGGCUGAUAACCUGCUCAAGACGGACAUCGUGCAAGAAAACACCGACAAUAUCCAGCUGGAGGUAGCGAGAAUGAGCACAGAUGGGAAUUUGCCUGAUUUGAAGUUCCCACAAACUGGAGGACAAGGCAACUCUAUCCACCUCUCAGCGAACACGCUAAAGCAGCACGGAAGAAACGGUGAAAUACGAAUAGCGUUCGUCCUGUACAAGCACAUUGGGGUCUAUCUUUCAACUGAGAAUGCCAGCAUGAAGCUGGGCAGCGAAGCCAUGGCGACCAACUACUCUGUGAUUGUCAACUCACCGGUCAUCACGGCUGCCAUCAACAAGGACUCUAACAAAGUCUAUCUCUCUGACCCGGUCAUUUUUACCAUCAGACAUCUACAGCAAUCCGAGGAGAACUUCAACCCCAACUGUUCAUUCUGGAGUUACAACAAGCGAACCAUGACUGGUUACUGGUCCACACAGGACUGCCGCUUGCUAGGCACCAACAGGACACACACCACAUGCUCCUGUACACAUCUGACCAACUUCGCUGUCCUCAUGGCUCAUGUGGAUGUAAAGAACACCGACCCUGUUCACGAAAUGCUUCUCGACGUCAUUACUUGGGUUGGCAUCCUCCUGUCUCUGGUCUGCCUGCUCAUCAGCCUCUUCACCUUCUGCUUCUUCCGCGGCCUCCAGAGCGAUCGCAACACCAUCCAUAAAAACCUGUGCAUCAGUCUGUUCAUUGCUGAGUCCCUCUUCCUGGUGGGGAUCAAUCGGGGUGACCAGCCGAUUGCUUGUGCUGUUUUCGCCGCCCUCCUCCACUUCUUCUUCCUGGCAGCGUUCACAUGGAUGUUCCUAGAGGGCGUGCAGCUCUACAUCAUGCUGGUGGAGGUGUUUGAGAGCGAGCACUCACGGAGACGCUACUUCUAUCUGGUGGGCUACGGAGUUCCCGCGCUAAUUGUGGCCGUUUCAGCUGCGGUGGACUACCGCAGUUACGGCACGGAUCGAGUUUGCUGGCUUCGCCUGGACACCUACUUCAUUUGGAGUUUCAUAGGACCGGCAACCUUGAUAAUUAUGCUGAAUGUGAUCUUCCUGGGCAUCGCUCUCUACAAGAUGUUCCAUCACACAGCCAUCUUGAAACCAGACUCUGGUUGCCUGGACAACAUCAACUACCGUUAUUAUGAUGGAUGUGUUAUUGUAGAAUGGCACUGCUAUCAGGAUUAUGAACCUAAGAUCAAAUCUUGGGUGAUCGGCGCCAUUGCCUUGCUAUGCCUGCUGGGCCUAACCUGGGCUUUUGGCCUGAUGUAUGUCAACGAGAGCACGGUGGUGAUGGCCUACCUCUUCACCAUCUUCAACUCCCUGCAGGGAAUGUUCAUCUUUAUCUUCCACUGUGUGCUGCAGAAGAAGGUGCGUAAGGAGUACGGGAAGUGCCUGCGCACUCACUGCUGCAGUGGCAAAAGCGUGGACAGCUCCAUGGGCUCUGGGAAGGGCACCGCCUCUCGUGCUCCAGGACGUUAUUCAACAGGGUCACAGAGCCGGAUCCGUCGAAUGUGGAAUGACACGGUCAGAAAACAGUCCGAGUCCUCUUUUAUGACCGGGGACAUCAACAGCUCUGCGUCCCUCAACAGAGGGGCUAUGGCUAACCAUCUUAUACCUAAUGCACUCCUACGUCCUCAUGGCACUAACAAUCCCUAUAAUACAUUGCUUGGGGAAUCGGCAGUCUAUAACAACCCUCUGGGCAUGUACAACACACAAGAGCCCUACAGAGAGACAAAGGGAAUCCUGAACAAUGCCCGGGAUACAAGUGUCAUGGAUACUCUACCACUGAAUGGUAACCAUGGCAACAGUUACAGCAUCGCCAGCGCUGAGUACAUGAGUGACUGCGUCCAGAUCAUUGAUCGGGGCUAUAACCACAAGGAGACGACCCUGGAAAAGAAGAUCCUAAAAGAGCUCACCUCCAAUUACAUCCCCUCCUACCUCAACAAUUCCCACGAGCGCUCGAGCGAGCAGAACCGGAACCUCAUGAACAAGCUGGUCAAUAAUGUUAGCAACGGCGGCAAGGACAGCGGCUACGGGGUGGGCUUGGGCGUAGGGAUGGGCAUGAAUGUCGCGCUGGGCCUUGAUGACCACUCCACCUUUGUUCCCCAUCACGACGAAGGCCUCGGUCUGGAGUUAAUACGCGAGGAGUCAAAUGCCCCGCUGCUGCCACAGAGGCCGCCCCCAUCCCUGCAGGCGGUGGACAACAUUCACAACCACCUCCACCAGUCAGCACCCCCACCCCUGCCGCUGCCCCAACAUCCCUUCUCGUCCGCCACCACUUCCUCCUCAUCUCGAAGGAGAAUCCCCCAGGAGAACAGCGAAAGUUUCUUCCCUUUACUUACUAACGAGCACACUGAGGAUGAAGGCUCGUCACCCAGCCACAGCCACCAGAGAGACUCCCUCUACACCAGCAUGCCCAUGCUGCCUGGCCUGCCUGAUGUGUCUGGACAACCAGCGGACGGCUCCAAGGAAGGCGUGGACGCCAAGAGCCCGGAGGCCAGCUCGGAUGACGUUUACUACAAAAGCAUGCCCAACUUGGGCUCGCGUAACCACCUCCAUCAGCUGCACUCCUACUACCAGCUAGGGCGGGGCAGUAGCGAUGGCUUCAUUGUUCCCCCUAACAGAGAGGAUCUAUCUCCGGAAGAGGCCCAGCAGGAGCCCUCGCACCUGGUCACCAGCCUAUAGGCCCGAAUCCCCCCUCCCACCUGUGCCCCUUGUAUUCUCGCGGUCCUCCUCUCUUCCCCCGUGUGCCCUUGGUCCAUCAGUCGUUGGAAGUGGUAGCCUAUCUCUUUAUCUUCUGUGUCCCGAAGACUGAGGCAGAGGAAGUAACUGUACUCUCACAAGCAGGAUAAUAAUUGCUACAAAUGGGGGGGCUAAUAUGUGACUCUAUUUGGUUAGACAUUGCAGAAGGUUGAUGUUGUGCCCCCUCCUCCACUCCUCCUCCCCCCGAACCCUGCGUGGUUUGCUGUGUUUUGUCUCGUUGUGAAAAGAGACAAUUACUCACACAGGAUUUUUAGGUCUCAGAGAUAUAGUCUGACAGUCAGCAGGAACUGCAUAGCCCUAAAGUCUAAACUGAAGACUUCACCAGAAUUAAAAAAAAAAAAGACUAUUUUAUUAUACUUCUGUAUCUAUAUUGACUUUUUGAAAGAUUUUCUUCCUCUUUGGUGAGUUGCAGCACAUUUUGUUUGCUGAAGUGUCCCUUCAAUGAAAAAAAAAAAAGGCAAAAAACACACACACACACACACAUUUUGGACAGUUACCAUAAAGGAAUUAUUGAUUGUAUGCUUUUAAGCAUAGCUGUCCUUUAUUUUUUUUUCCUUUUGAUUUCACUGUAAUACCAGAUGUUAAAAGAGGGAGAAAAAAAACUAAUAAGAGAAUUGCGAGAUAUUUCUAUGUAACUGUACAGAUAACUAGCAUUGCACA